AUCAGAGGGAACGCUCGGCCCCUCGACGUCAGUCUCCUUUCCUCUCGGCCAAUCAGAUUAUCCGAUAUUAGUGUACUUCACCCGCUCAGCCACCUCUCACCCAGGUAGACGGGACUUACGGCGGAAAGGCCUCUCUCCUGACCCACAGCCAGCUUGUGUCAUCUUUCAGGAUGGUGGUGAACAGUACUGCAAACAUUUUGAGCUCUGCCUAUCUUGCAGUCGAGUAUGUCGAUGCUGUUCUGCCAGAAAACCCAUUCCAGCCCUCCCUGAAAAACGCCUGGGGCUACAUGCUGGACAACUACACCAAGUUCCAGAUUGCAACCUGGGGGUCGCUCAUUGUCCAUGAGUUCAUCUAUUUCCUGUUCUGCCUGCCGGGUUUUCUCUUCCAGUUUAUGCCCUUUAUGCAGAAAUACAAAAUUCAACAGGACAAGCCAGAGACCUGGGAGAAACAGUGGAGAUGUUUCAAGAUGCUGCUCUUUAACCAUUUCUGCAUCCAGCUGCCUUUGAUCUGUGGCACAUACUACUUCACCGAGUACUUCAAUAUUCCCUACGACUGGGACUCGAUGCCACGCUGGCCCUAUCUCCUGGCUCAGUGCUACGGCUGUGCUGUUGUUGAGGACGCCUGGCAUUAUUUCCUUCAUCGCCUGUUGCAUCACCGCCGGAUCUACAAAUACAUCCACAAAGUUCACCAUGAUUUCACCGCCCCGUUCGGCAUGCAGGCAGAAUACGCUCACCCUGCUGAGACCAUCAUCCUCGGGGCUGGCUUCUUCAUCGGCAUCAUGAUCUUCUGCAACCAUGUGUUCUUACUCUGGGCCUGGGUGGCCUUCCGUCUGAUGGAGACCAUCGAUGUUCACAGUGGUUACGACAUCCCUUUGAACCCGCUCCACCUGAUCCCGUUCUACGCCGGCGCUCGUUUCCAUGACUUCCACCACAUGAACUUCGUCGGGAACUACGCCUCCACCUUCACCUGGUGGGACAAGCUGCUGAAGACAGACAGCCAGUACAACAACUACAUGGAGAAGCAGGCAGAUAAGAAGGAGCAGUAAAAACGCUCACGCUUCCCAUCACGGACUCACACUUAUGCUGUCAGGUGGAGAAGAGGCAGUGAGCCGUACAGACAAAAACACGCAAUUACUGCUGAUUUUCAUCUCUGUAUACUUUUUGAAAAACAUGCAAAAGGUGUUUAAAAAGUGAGUCAGCACGUCUGUGGUUUGAUUAUGAAUCAGACUGUGUGCUGACUUCAGUCUGCCUUCUGUGCCUUCUUAAAAAGGAAGCAUUGUUUUUGUCAACAGCUCGAUGAAUAGAAACCAUCAAGUCUUCAUUUGCUUUGUUAUCAAAAGAAAUAAGGCUUAAACUUAAAUGCUUCUGUAACCCUCUGAAUGUCUCAGCACUUUAGCACUUCCUCUUUAGUUGAUCUGAGGCAGUCUUUCCUUCCUGCAGCUGAAGCUGCAGCUCGGUGGGAACUGCCUAAAUUCAAUGCAGACUUCUUAAAAUAAGACAGUCAGGCGUGUUUGAUGCAAACUCGUGUAUAUUCUUGAUAAAAAGGGGAUGUGUUCUAGGUCGUUCAAACGUGUAAAAAUAAUUAAAUGCUGCUUUAAUUUUAUACAAAAGUAAACCAUUUUAGUUGUUUUUGUGUUUUUGUCAGAAUAAAAUAUGUGAACAAAUUUAAGCAGGA